UAACAUCAUCAUUUGUCCGAUAAGUAACAUGAGUGCCACGUGUGUCAUCCUCGUUCUAUCCAUAAGCCACAAUCAGUCAUGAUUCAGCAUCCUUAAUUUCCUAUUUGAUUUAGACAGUUCAUCCCUCUCUCUCUCUCUCUCUCUAUAUAUAUAUAUAUAUAUGUAUCUUCUUCACCAAUUAAUCAAUCCAUCAAUUUCACAUCUGAUCUAAAUAUUUAGUUGGUGUUCCGUCUGGAAUUUCUUACCAGAUAAAACAGGUGACGUUUUUGGUAUCUCAUCAUUUUAUGAGUAUAUGCUGAUUCUAUAGUGUGAGGGGAUAUUGUUUCUCUCUAUAAGAGAAGAUGGUAGAAGAGAAGGAGAAGAAGUUCCUCACAGUUGCACCAUUUCAGUGUGCCUGGAGGAAAGAUUUAAAGUUCCGAGAGGCUGGAAGAGGUUGUGUGGCUUUUGAUGCUUUUGCUCAUAAUGAUGUUACUUUGGUGUUUAGAGAGAAUGUAGGGAGUCAGCACUAUCAUUAUAAGAGGGAUAAUAGUCCUCAUUAUACUGUGAUUCUCGGGAGUCAUAGGAAUCGGAGAUUGAAAAUAGAGGUCGAUGGCAAGACUGUUGUUGAUGCAGAAGGAAUUGGACUCUGUUGCUCUUCUGCUUUUCAGAGUUAUUGGAUUUGUAUUUAUGAUGGGUUGAUUAGUGUUGGUAAGGGAAGAUACCCUUUUCAGAAUCUUGUGUUUCAGUGGUUAGAUUCAAAUCCAAAUUGCACUGUGCAGUAUGUUGGGCUUAGCAGCUGGGAUAAACAUGUUGGUUAUAGAAAUGUUAACGUAUUGCCAUUGCCUCAUAAUCAUAUGUUACUAUGGAAGCAAGUUGAUUCUGGAGAACACGGGGACAGGGAGGAUUGUGAAGUGGAAUUAGAAGAUGAACGUACUGACGAUGACAAAUGGGGACUUGAAAAUUACCUUGAGAGUUGGGAAUUGGCUGAUAUGUUCUUUGUUGUUGAUAAUGGAGAAAGACUUGUCCCGGCCCAUAAGGUUAUCUUGCAAGCAUCUGGAACUUUUCCUGUAAGUUUUUCAAGCGAAGAUGUUGUUAUGUUGCAGGAUGUUAUUUAUCCGAUUCUCCACGCCCUUCUUCAAUUUAUCUAUACAGGUUACACCCAGAUUUCGGAGUCACAGCUUGGUGCUUUGUGGGCUUUGAGCCUUCAGUUUAAGGUGAUGCCGCUGGCUAAGCUGUGUGAGGAAACUGUCGAACGUUUUAAACUGAAUAAAAAAUUGUUCGACUCCGGUAAGAAUGUGGAAUUAUUAUUUCCAAACUCUCGCCCCCAUAGCUGCACGACUUUCCCCUUUGGGCUCCCCAUCAAUGUGCAAAAGCUGAAAAAGUUGCAUUCAGCUGGAGAGUACAGUGAUGCAAAUAUUUAUGUUGAGGGUUAUGGUCUUGUUGCUCGGCCGCAUAAAGUCAUUCUGAGUUUAUGGAGUGUUCCAUUUGCAAAGAUGUUCACAAAUGGAAUGACUGAGAGCAGUUCUUCGGAGGUAUAUCUAAGUGAUGUCUCACCAGCUGCUUUCAUGAUUAUGCUCGAUUUCAUGUAUAGUGGGGAAAUCAGUUUGGAAGAUACCUUGGAUUUUGGAAGUUUGUUACUCCAGCUUCUUUUAUUAGCCGACAAAUAUGGGAUCAGUCUUCUUUAUCAAGAAUGCUGCAGGACACUUUUAGAGUGUCUUUCGGAGGACUCAGUAUGUUCAAUCCUGCUUGCGGUUUCAUCAAUUCCAACUUGUAAACUCAUUGAAGAAACCUGUGAGAGAAAGUUUGCAAUGCACUUCGAUUAUUGCACAACUGCAAGCUGUGACUUCAUCUGGUUAGACAAGAAAACUUUUAGCAGUAUCAUUCAGCAUCAGGAUCUGACUGUAACAUCUGAAGAAAGAGUUCUGAAUGCAAUUUUAAUGUGGUGCAUGAGAGCUAGGGAGUUGUUUGGAUGGGAGAUGGUUGAUCAGCUAAUGGAAAAUUCAACCCCUGACCUCAUUUUUAAAGAGAGGCUUCAAUAUCUGAAUGACUUAUUGGCAUUUGUGCGGUUUCCAUUGCUACCAUAUCUCUUGCUUAAGAAGUUGGGGCAAAGUAAUCUUUCCAAGCACGUUAAAAGUUUUGAUAAUCUUGUAUCGGAGGGCUUUAAUUAUGUAGAAUAUGGAUUAGCAAGUGCAGAAAGUGACAGAAAAAUACGGUUCCAACACAGGAGAUCUAGUUAUAAGGAGCUCCAGUACAUAUGUGAUGGUGACAGCAAUGGGGUUCUGUAUUUUGCUGGCACAUCUUACGGGGAACACCAGUGGGUUAAUCCUGUUCUGGCUAAGCGAAUCUCUAUUACAGCUAGCAGUCCGACUUCAAGACACACGGACCCUAAGGCCUUGGUAUCAAGAACAUACCAGGGAACGUCUUUUGCCGGGCCUCGAAUGGAAAAUGGUAAUAAAUGUGCUUGGUGGAUGGUUGACAUUGGUAAAGAUCAUCAGCUUAUGUGCAAUUACUACACCCUGAGACAAGAUGGAUCAAGAGCUUAUAUAAGAUUUUGGAAUUUUCAGGGUUCAUCUGAUGGGAAUUCUUGGACAAACUUGAGAUUACAUGAAGAUGAUCAAACUAUAUGCAAGCCUGGUCAAUUCGGUUCAUGGCCCGUAACUGGACCUAAUUCUCUGCUUCCGUUCCGGUUCUUUAGGGUUGUUUUGACUGGUCGUACCACUGAUACCUCGGAUCCAUGGAACUUGUGCAUAUGCUUCUUGGAGCUGUAUGGUUUUUUCCGUUGAUGUGAUGGAUCCUUGUGAUACUAAUGCAAUAAAUUUUGCUCAUAACCACUCCAUGUACAGUUAUGAAGCUUCAAUAAUGGAGUUGUGCAUAUACAGUACAUGUAAAACCAACUACACAAAUUAAAUGUACCGUUGAUCUUUUUCAAUAAUAAGUUUCUUCCCAA